AAUGGGGCCAAGAAAAGGACAAAUAUUGGUGCUUCUAACUUUGCUAUUGUUGAUGACUUGCUUAGCAUUCCGAAGGAAGCUCAACGUCAGAUCCAUUGGGACUUCAACUAGAAAUGGUAAUGACCCAAGAUGGCUUCAACAAGAUCAGCAGGAUGUUGCUGAGACAUCUAGAGAGAACACCUCCGCUUCAGAAGAGGAGGAGUCCUCUUCAGCAAAUGGAGGAGCAGAUGAGUCAGUUGGUACUCAAUCUAGCACAAUUGAAGAGGGAACUGAGACUGAAGACCGUACACCAGCAUCUGUUCAGUCCAGUGUAGAGGAUCCAGCCUCAGAGUCCUCUUUACAUGAGACAGAUGAAGAGGAUGAACUCUAUCCUCCUCAGUCCUGAAUCACAGACCAAGGGGUUGAAAUUCUCUGUCACCACAGGGGAUUAUGCUUUCAAGGUUUGUGACUUUGAACAGAAAGCUGGCAUGGAGAAAACUGUUUAGAUAAAACAGAUGAAGAUAAGAGAUAUAGUGAAGUCUGGACAGUAGUCUUGGCUGUACUUAUGAUUCCAAUAGCCUUCAUCUUCAGUGUAGUGGCAACAAAAGUUUAUCGAUCGUUUAUCAAAAAUGAGGAUGAUGAAGAGAUGUAAAUCAGAAUUAGCAGUCUAGAUCGCAAUAUUUUCAAAUUCCCAUUAUUUUAACUCACUUUGUACCAAAAACUGUUCUUCGAUAGAUCCGAGGUGAAAUCUGGCUGUAAAGAAGAAUAGAGUUAGAAUAAAAUGUGAUGCUUGUAUAGAUUGUCUAUUAUUGUAUGCAAGCAUUCAUAGAUACCUUCAAACAAGCCUCUUCACAUCUAAAAUUCUCUACUCGUCGGUUUGAAUGCCCUUCCUAGUUUUAGUAAAUGUAUGAAUUUUGGUGUGAUUAAUUAUCCCAAC